AUGGCAUUGUUCUCCCUAGUUGCUUGCUUAAACAUCCUCUUCCUCUCAUGUUCGGCUUUAGGCUUCUCUCUCGUGGCCACUACUGCCCUGAACGGGAAUGAAACCGACCGGCUAGCACUGCUUGAAUUCAAGGCCAAAGUAGUUGAUGAUCCGAUGGGGUCUCUAAGCUCAUGGAAUGAUUCCAUCCACUUCUGCCAGUGGCUCGGUGUGAUAUGCAGCCGCCAACACCAGAGGGUCGUCGUGUUAGGCCUACAGCAUCAGAAGCUCACAGGGUCCAUAUCACCCUACCUCAGAAAUUUGAGUUUCUUGCGAGAGUUACUUCUUGAUAACAAUAGCUUCCAUCAACAAAUUCCACCAGAACUCGGGCAUUUGAAAAGAUUAAGAUUGUUGUGGCUCAGGAACAAUUCACUUGGUGGUGAAAUUCCCACCAAUAUAUCCAGUUGUUCUAAACUGGUUGAGGUUCGACUUUCUUGGAACAUGCUAGUAGGGAAGAUUCCUAUGGAGUUCGGCUCACUGUCGAAACUCCAGCUGAUUCAGGCUCCUAGAAACAGUCUAACAGGUGGUAUCCCUCUUUCUUUUGGGAACUUAUCAUCUCUUGUGUUUCUUGGUUUUUCUUCUAACAGUCUAGUUGGAAGUAUCCCUGAUUCUCUAGGACAAUUGACAAAACUAGAAUACAUUGGAUUUUCUGAAAACAGUUUGUCUGUUUGUCUGGUACCUUCCCUCCCACACUUUUCAAUCUCUCUUCUAUCACUACUAUUUUUUGUGCCACUGAACCAAAUCCAGGGGACUCUUCCAUCGGACAUGGGCUUCACUCUUCCUAAUCUCAGUUACUUUGGCAUUUCGGGAAAUCGAUUCACUGGUACCAUUCCUUUUUCAGUGUCCAAUAUGUCAAAUCUGGCAUUUCUUUUCAUUGAUGGAAACAAACUCAUUGGAAAAGUGCCUACGUUUGAAAAUUUACAUGACCUUCGUCAUAUAGACAUCUCUGGUAAUAGCUUGGGAAGUGGAAAUGCCAAUGACCUCAGUUUCAUCUCAUCUUUGAGGAAUGCAAGUGGUUUACAAGAACUGGGUCUGAGUAAUAACAAUUUUGGAGGGGUAUUGCCUGACUCUUUUGGAAACCUUUCAACUAAGCUUGUAGGACUGUCAGUAGGAAACAAUCAACUCUUUGGGAGCAUUCCAAAUUGGCUUUCGAUUUUUGCCAACUUCUCAUAUAUUGACAUGAGCAACAAUCAAUUCACAGGUAACAUUCCCCAUGAUAUUGCCAAGCUUGCAAAACUUCAAAGAUUGGAUUUAUCCCUUAACCGAUUCUCAGGUGAAAUUCCUUCAUUCCUCGGAAAUUUAAGUAUAUUAACAGAACUCCGCCUGGACAACAACAAUUUUUAUGGUAGUAUCCCGUCUAGUUUGGGAAAAUGUCAAAUGUUGAAUGCUUUGAAUAUCUCUCGAAACAGCCUUAGUGGCAUAAUACCUCCACAAGUUUUUGGCAUCUCAUCCUUAGCAUUGUAUUUAGACUUGUCUCACAACCAAUUGACGGGUUCCCUUCCUAUGGAAAUUGGAAAUAUGAAAAAUCUUGGUGAAUUGAUUGUUGCCAAGAACAUGUUAUCUGGUGAGAUUCCGAGCACACUUGGUAGCUGUGUUAGAUUAGAAAAAAUUUACAUGGAAGGAAACUUCUUUCAAGGGAUCAUUCCUUCAUCUUUAAUUUCUUUGAGGGGUAUUCAAUUUCUAGAUGUUUCUUGCAAUAAUCUAUCCGGCCAAGUUCCAGAGUAUCUAGGGGACUUCGAUUUGCAGUAUUUCAAUUUUUCUUACAAUGAUUUCAAGGGCUCGUUGCCAACAAAAGGCAUCUUUAAGAAUGCUAGUGCAAUGUCUUGGAUUGGAAACCCUAAGGUUUGUGGGGGUACUCCUGAAUUACAGCUUCCUAGAUGCAACUUUGAACAAUCUAAGAAGAUUACCUCCACGUUGACCUUUAAAGUGAUAAUCUCUAUGGUUUCUGUGAUUUUGGGUUUAAGUUUGUUGUUGAGUUUUUUUGUACUUUAUUGGUAUAAAAAGAGCAAGACGGUGCUUUCUUCAUAUCCACAGAGAAAAUCCAAUUCAAAAGUGUCUUAUCAAAGUCUCCUCCAAGCUACAGAUGGGUUCUCUUCAACUAAUUUGAUCGGUAUGGGUGGCUUUGGGUCUGUUUAUAAAGGAAUUCUCGAUGAUGGAACAAUUAUCGCUGUGAAGGUUCUUAACCUUUCGCAUCGUGGAGCAACCAAGAGUUUCAAAGCUGAGUGUGAUGCCUUGAGGAACAUAAGACAUCGGAAUCUUGUCAAGGUGCUAACUGCUUGUGUAGGUGUGGAUCAUCAAGGAAAUAAUUUCAAGGCUUUGGUCUACGAGUUCAUGGCUAAUGGCAACUUGGAGGAGUGGCUGCAUCCAAAUCCAAAAGAAAAUCGAGAUGAUAUGGUGUUGAAGAAACUUAACCUUCUUCAAAGAUUAAACAUUGCUAUUGAUGUUGCUGGCGCACUGGAGUAUCUUCACCGUUAUUGCCAGACACCUUUAGUUCAUUGCGAUCUCAAGCCAAGUAAUGUUCUUCUGGACAGUGAAUUGGUUGCUCAUGUAUCUGACUUUGGAUUGGCAAGAUUCCUUCCAAUAGCCACCCAAAAAUCAUCCACAAAUCAAACAAGCUCUAUUGUCAUAAGAGGAUCAAUUGGUUACACUGCCCCAGAGUACGGGAUGGGAAGUGCAUUGUCGACUUAUGGUGAUGUGUACAGCUUUGGCAUGCUCUUGUUGGAAAUGUUCACAGGGAAAAAGCCUACAGAUGACAUAUUUAGAGAUGGUUUUAACCUUCAUAAUUUUGUUGAGGUGGCUUUGCCUGACCGAGUUGCUGAAAUCGUAGAUCCAAUACUUUUCCAGGAAAUUGAAGAGGCACAAAGCUUAAGUGGCAAAAAAAAAUCAAAGCUUGAUGAGUAGUCACAAAGCUAAAGAGUGCUUGAUUUCUAUCUUUGGAGUUGGAGUCGCUUGCUCUGCAGAAUCGGCAAGACUUCGAAUGGAUAUUGGUGUUGCUGCUGCUGAGUUGCACAACAUCAAAUAUGUGUUCUUCAAAACUUGAAUCCAUAUAUGGAGAGGGAUGAACCACAGUAACAUUGGAAAAUUGUCUAGCUAGGUAGCAGCAUGUUUAGGGAUUGAUCAUCAUGAAAAGAUUAUAGAGUGAGUUCUGAUCCAAAUGUGUAAUGACAUUUUCUGGUUUAUCGCUUCAUCUAAU